GCCAUGCAGCCCCGGACGCUCCUCAUUGUGGCCCUCUUGGCACUCUUGGCAUCUGCUCGAGCUAAUGAGGGAGAGGGGUCGUUGCUGCUGGGCUCUGUGCAGGGCUAUAUGGAACAGGCCGCCAAGAAGGUUCAGGAUGCACUAACCAGUGUGCAGAAGUCUGAGAUGGCUGUGCAGGCCAGGGGCUGGAUGGAUGGUGGCUUCAGCUCCCUGAAAGGUUACUGGAGCAAGUUUGCUGACAAGUUCUCCGGCCUCUGGGAAUCUACCCCCGGGAGCCAACCAACUCCAGCUACUGAGCAUUGA